UUCUUACUGCAAUUGAGAGAUGAAAUAUACACACUACUGUGGGCGUGCUCCCCGGGCUUCACAAUUCAAGCAAUGGUGGAUAGCCUUUUGAUCAGGAAGUGCAUGAUUUGUGUUUUCAUGUAGCAUUGAGACAACUGCAAAACAUGGGUCUUUUUCUUACUCAUUUACAAUGUGGCAGAUCAUCUUAACCGAGUCAGGAUUACCGGGUGUCGCUUGUUGACAGUGUGUGAGCCCAUGUGGUUUGGAGGGCUAUACCCUUGUGUGUUACUCUGAUUAUUCAGAGCAUGGCUACAGUAUAUGCAUUCAGUGCACGGGUAGCCAGUUGUAGUAUUUUUCCACUCAGGUUUCGAUUUUACUUGUACAUGAAGAAAAUGUAAGUUACACUUAAACACAACAGCUUGUAAGAAAAACAUGGAUGAAAUUAUGUCAUUAUUUCAUAUAUGUAACUGCAGGCAAUACAUUCAGUUUGGCAGGAUAAGCCAUUUAAGGGUAAAUUUAACAUUAAAAUCUCAUCGAGGUUUGAUAAGUUUAUAUAAAAAAUCUAUCCUGCGUAUGGCCCUCUUUUAUGCAGUUACAUUUAAUUACCACCAGAGGGAGCCGGAUUAUAGUUUUUGGAUAAAUAAACAAGACAAAAGACAACCAUGCUUUUUUUUUCUCUCAAGAGCGACUCUGUUGGUUGCUUUUAAAUUUGUAUCCCUCUUAAGUAGUAUUCUUUUCUGGGGAAAAACAUUUCCCCUAAAAACAAAUCAGUUCUUACUGCCGCCCCUUUUCUUUUCAUUUCAGCUGUUCCCAUUACAUAACUCAAUCAGUGACGCCCUUUGAGCAGAAGUAGUAGUAGCAGUAGUAGUAGAAUUUAAACCGAAACAUUGCAGCAGAUUUAUAUAUCAUAUAGGCGCGUUCCUUCGUUUGUUUAGGGACUUAAAGCGCGCAUGGAAUUGGCAUCAAAUUACGCACAUCGCGCGGGCAUCGCAAUGCUUGGGAGGGACUUGGGUUCGGGGAAUUACUUUCGCACUCAGCUUUCCCCUCUUUUCUCCAACACACCACUUGAGCCACAAGCGCCGAUACUAGCUCCGGGGAGGACACCUGCGCUCUCGGUCUGGCCCCCACGACUUCACUCCUGCGCUCGGCUCGACUUUGAAUAAUGUUAGGGAGCAGCAAGACACCAGCAGCUAGUCGCAAUGAACAGAAGACAGCGGUGGAAAAGUCUAACGACCCUCUGAGGAAACUUGGUGUGCAGGACAACGAUGACGUCCGCGUGAUGCUGGGGGGCUCCAGCAUGGUGAAGGUGCGCUCUUCCCGUUGGCAGAAGAGCCGGACCCUCCGUCUGCUGGAGGACGGGGUCACCGUGUGGUGUGAGACCGCCAAGAGCUCCCGCCGGGCCAAGGCCCAGCAGACAUUCGCGGUGACGGAGGUGGAGUGUGUGCGGGAGGGCUGUCAGUCGGAGGCGCUGCAGAGCCUGGGGGGCUCGGUGCCUGACACCAACUGCUUCACCGUGGUGUUCCGCGGGCCCCGGAAGAGCCUGGACCUGCUGUGUCCCUGUGAGGGCGAGGCCCAGAGCUGGGUGCGGGGCAUCCGCACCCUGAAGGAACGGGUGGGCAACAUGUCCCAGAAGGAGAAGCUAGACCACUGGAUCAGCGGGUACCUUCGGCGGGCCGACGAGAACCGCGACGGCAAGAUGAGCUACGACGAGGUGAAGAGACUGCUGCAGAUGAUCAACAUCGACCUGAACGAGCAGUACGCCCGCUCCCUGUUCAAGAAGUGCGACCGCUCGCGCGACGACCGCCUGCACCACAAGGAGAUCGAGGAGUUCUGCCGGGAGCUGCUGCGGCGGCCCGAGCUCGACGCCGUGUUCCGCCACUACUCCUCCAACGGCUGCGUGCUGUCCACCGCCGAGCUCCGGGACUUCCUGGGGGACCAGGGCGAGGACGCCUCCCUGCACCACGCGCAGACGCUCAUCCUCAGCUUCGAGCUCAACGAGUGGGCCCAGAAGAACCAGUUCAUGACCCAGAACGGGUUCACCAUGUACAUGCUGUCGCUGGAGAACGACGUGUUCAACCCCGACCACGCCCGGGUCACCCAGGACAUGAGCCGCCCGCUGACGGACUACUUCAUCUCCUCCUCGCACAACACCUACCUGUCCAAGGACCAGGUGACGGGCACCAGCAGCACCGAGCCCUACAUCAGGGCUCUCCACCAAGGCUGCCGUUGCGUGGAGCUGGACUGCUGGGACGGGGACCGGGGGGAGCCGGUCAUCUACCACGGACACACCCUCACCUCCAAGGUGCCGUUCAAAGAGGUCAUCAAGACCAUCGGCCAGUACGCCUUCAAGGCGUCCCCGUACCCCCUGAUCCUGUCCCUGGAGAACCACUGCUCCGUGGAGCAGCAGGCGGUCAUGGCCCGUGACCUGCGCUCCAUCCUGGGCAACAAGCUGCUCAGCAGGCCCCUCAGAGAGACGCCGCUGGAAGAGCUGCCGACGCCCGAGGAGCUGCGGGGGCGCAUCCUGGUGAAGGGGAAGAGGGAGACCCCCCACCUGGGCCAGCUGGGCAAGGAGAGCAGCUUCUCGUCCAGCUCAGAGGACGAGACGCUGGCCGGCGGCAAGAGGGACCCAACGAAGGCGCUCUCGUCCAAGCUGAGCCCGGAGCUGUCUGAACUGGUGGUGUACUGCCGCAGCGUUUCGUUCCGUGGGUUCCAGAACCUGUCUGAGAAAGCAGCCAAUGAGAUGUCCUCCUUCUCCGAGAGCGAGGCCCUGAGGCUCAUCAAGGACACUGGGAAGCUCUUCGUCAAACACAACAGCCGACAGCUCAGCCGGAUCUACCCGGCUGGCCAGCGCCUCCAGUCCUCCAACUACGACCCCCAGGACAUGUGGAACAGCGGCUGCCAGAUGGUGGCGCUGAACUUCCAGACCCCCGGGGAGCAGAUGGAUCUCAACCAGGGCCGCUUCCUGCCCAACGGCCACUGCGGCUACAUCCUCAAGCCCGGCUUCCUGCGCACGCCCGCGUCGAACUUCGACCCCGAGAACACCGGCGGGGGUCCGGGGCACGUCCCCACGCAGCUGACGAUACGCAUCUUGUCGGCGCAGCAGCUGCCGAAGCCCAUCCAGACCAAGACCAGUGCCAUCGUGGACCCCCAGGUGUGGGUGGAGAUCCACGGGGUCUCCAUCGACAAUUCCAGAGACAAAACGCACCGCAUCGACAACAACGGCUUCAACCCGCGGUGGGACUGCACCCUGAGCUUCCAGCUGCAGGUCCCGGAGCUGGCCCUGGUGCGCUUCGUAGUGGAGGACCACGAGCACACCGCCAAGAACGAAUUUGUGGGCCAGUUCACCCUUCCUUUCACUAGCCUACGCACAGGUUAUCGUCAUAUCCACCUGCUGAAGGCGGACGGCUCCAGUCUGUCGCCGGCGUCGCUCUUUAUCCACGUGAAGGUGAGCCGCAAGGGAGUGCACAUCAAGACGGUGUCGGCACGCUCGGCCAAGGGCAAGGUGUGACCUGCGAACGCGGCGCGGAGAAGCUCCACAACAAAGAGGAGAAACGGCAGGGAUGUGAUGAGAGGGAGAGAGAGCUGGUGGAGGCCUUUAGGUGAUCUGUGUUGCAAUGUGUUACAAAGCCGUGAUGCAUGAGGGGCGAGGGUUUGAGCCUCGCUUGUGCUUGUUUCUCAGCUUCACCGGCCUCGUGUCGUGACUGUUCGGCCAAUACUGACCUCAAAUGCGACGUUGAUCUUUUUGGAUCGAUGAAGCGCUUUUGUAACAGAGAAACUUUUGUCUAUUUUAGACUCGCGUUUUUAACUUAUAGAAUAUCAGUAUUACUAAAAAAAGAAGCUCUUAACUGUAUUUUAACUUUGCUAUCUUUUUAAAAACAGCCAAGUGCACUCUUAAUGCUUGUAUUUUUGUUGUGUAACAUGAUUUUUUUUCAGAACAUGAAGAACCUAAUCUAUUGCUGCUAUAUAUAGAAACUACUUAAUAAUGGUAUUCAAUGCAAAUUAGGUUUUGCUUUGUCAGCUCAUCAACCUUAAACAUUUUUUUUAAUGCUUACAAAGUGUUAUUUUUUAGUAUUUGAUUGACUGUUUAUUUGAUCGACCAUUUACAAAUUCUCGUUCAUGAGAGACGUGGAAACUGUAACCUAAAAACUGUGACUGAAAUCCUGACACAUAUAACACUACAGAUCCCCAGUGUUUAUUAACAGUAUUAUUUAUAUAUGUAACUAUAUAUAUAUAACUAUAUAUAUAUACAGAUAUAACGUUGUUUUUCAUUGAAGCUCGGGAUACGCCAACUCUAAUGCACGUGAAGGUUUUUAACGUCUGCCUAUUACUUAAGCAGCAAAAAUGCAGGUAAAUUGUAGGUCAUUUAAAUGUAAAUAUAUGCUGCCAUAUGCUACUAAAAGAUAACUUAACUAAUAUUUGUAGGCUAGUGUGUAUAUAUACCGUGUAUAGUAUUCUAUAGCAUUUAUACAAGGAUUUUAGUACUUGCACUAUAUCUCAUUGACAUUAAACUCUUCGAAGAGAGUACUGGAACCUAUGAACCACUUUAUUUACUAGGUAAAUAGAGCAUGUUAUCACUAACCUACAAGUGGCUUUGGAUAAAAGUGUCCGCUCAAUGACUGCAAACGUAUAUGUGUCGGUCCUUUGUAAUGCGAAUCAGUGUUAUGUUUUUAACCAAGUUAUAUAUAAGAAAGCAUCCUGUUGUUUCAACAA